AUGGACCAAGUGGUAGAGACCGUACAAAACUUGGGAUUAGGAUACCGCAUGGGAACCUACAAAAUUAACAUCUUAUGCUAUGCCGAUGACGCCGUACUCAUUGCAGAAUCAGAAUACGACCCACAAAUAAUUUUACACGCCUUUAGCAAACGCGCAGAAAAUUUAAAUAUGGAAAUUUCAAUAAGCAAGACAAAAUGCAUGACCAUAGCUAAGGAACCUCUGCGCGGCAAGUUAACAAUAGACAACACCACUAUAGACCAAAUCAUGUAUUUCGAAUACUUAGGAUGCAAAAUAACAAGGACAGGAUUCCUUGAAGAUGAAGUGAGGAGACAAGUGAACAAAGCAGCUACAGUAUCAAGACAUCUUAAGCAACCAAUUUGGAGAAAUAAACACCUCAGAAUACCAUGCAAAUCCAGAAUCUACAAAACAUGUGUGCGACCAAUUAUGACAUACGGGGCAGAAACAGGAGCAGAAACGUCGGUAACAAAGAGGAUACUAAGAACAACAGAAAUGAAAACGCUAAGAACUAUAACGGGUUACACACUGAAUGACAUACAAAGAAAUACCGAUAUAAGGGAAAGAUGCGAAACAGACGACAUUGUCAGACGGGUGAGAAAAAGAAGAAGAGAAUGGAACCAGCAUGUUAACAGAAUGACCACAGAUAGAAUAGCAAAAAUCGUACGUAACAACAUCCCACACGGAAGAAGACCUGUUGGACGACCACCAAAACGAUGGCGGGACAGUUGGCAAUCAACCUCACAGGAACUACUGCAGAGAAACCGGAACUGA